CCUCUGUGACUGUUUGUAUCCAAAAUUCAGGACACCAGAUGGACGCUAUUAAACAUUUUACAGCUAGACAACAGCAGGACUGAAACAGCUUUUCCAUGCGCAUUCAUGUGACAGUACUUUCAUGAAGAUUUUCUGGAUUUUAAGAGCAGCCAUGGCAGCUGAGCUGGAUGUAGUGAACCUGUUCUUCAUUGCUGGAGCUACACUGGCUAUUCCCAUCCUGGCAUUUCUGGCUUCCUUCCUUCUCUGGCCAUCUGUGCUUAUUAAAGUAUAUUACUGGUACUGGAGAAGGACUUUGGGUCUACAGGUUCGCUAUGCAGACUGUGGAGGUUAUCGCUUCUGUUACUCCUACAGAGGAAAGCCUGGGAUGAGGCCCUCCAUCCUGAUGCUUCAUGGCUUCUCUGCUCACAAAGACAUGUGGCUGUCUGUUGUCAAGUAUUUACCAAAACACCUGCACAUAAUAUGUGUGGACAUGCCUGGCCACGAAGGGACAACACGCACCAACACUGAGGAUUACUCCAUCCAGGGGCAGGCCAGAAGGAUCCAUCAGUUUGUGGAAAGCAUUCACUUAAACAGAAAAGCAUUCCAUCUGGUGGGAACCUCCAUGGGGGGAAACGUUGCCGGGGUUUACGCAGCCUGCUACCCUUCAGAGAUCUGCAGCAUGACUCUCAUCUGUCCCGAUGGAGUAAGACACCAAUCAGAAACCAAAUUUGACAAUCACCUUCAAGACUUGGAGCACAGCAACUUCACACUGAACAUCCCUCUGAUCCCAACUACACCUGAAGAGAUGGAGGACAUGUUCAGGCUCUGUUCUCAUGUCCGCUUUAAAAUUCCUCAGCAGAUUCUUCAAGGACUCGUGGACGUUCGAGAACCUCACAAUGCAUUUUACGAAGAAGUAUUUAUGGAGAUCAUCGGUGAGAAAUCAAGAUAUGCCUUACAGGAACAUUUACAUCUCAUUAUCUCCCCUUUACAAGUGAUUUGGGGAAAACAGGAUCAGGUGGUGGAUGUCUCUGGAGCUGCAGUCAUUGCGGAGUUGGUGCCUGGUUGCAGAGUGGAUUUGUUGGACAACUGUGGUCACUCUGUGGUGAUGGAAAAGCCGUGUCGUACAGCCAAACUUAUCCUGGAGUUUAUAAUCCUGCAGCAAAAUGCCAGGAGUGGCACAAAGAAGUCUUCUUGA